AUGUCUCAGCCAAACACGCCACUCAGUCACCCAGCCGCCGAUCUGUUCCUUCCAUCCAUGGACGAGGAGCAACAGCUCUCUCAAGCCGACUUUAACGAACUAUUCGGACCAUGUGGCUCAGAACAGCCUAUCUUCUCGACGAACAACAGCGAUAUACUCGAUGACUUUGGUCUUACAUAUGGAGACGGCGCCUUUGCAGCUGUUGACUCAUCAAACACCUCCACAACUUCGACUCCCGACUUCUCGAAUUACGACUUCGGCCAAAACGCUGCGGCAUACCCGACUCCCGGACCAAGUACACCCCAUCCCUACCCGCUAGAUCUGCAACGAGCCUUCCCAACAACAACUGAUGAUCCAGACCUCAACGAUCGUCCUCGGCCUAUGCGAUCUCAAACAAACCAUGCCUACCUCCACUCAGAACAGCCAUCGCAAGGCUAUGGUCGUCGUCGGUCUUUGAGCACUGGCGAUACAGAUCGCAUUGCCACAGCCAACAGCAUCACCAAUCCCACUUUCGUUCGGCUCCAAGCACCGCGUGCGAGAUCAGCUACACCAGAACACAAGAGAAGGCAUGCCGCGCACUUCCAACAUGGAAGGAGUGUGAGUCAAGGUCCGGCACCGAGAGGAAGGCCACUCAAUCCAACAAGCAUACCGUACUAUACGUACAACGAUACAUUCGUCGCCGACAUGUUUUCUACUCCUAUCGGCACGCCGCUGAACGAGAUGAGAGAUCGCCGGGAUCUGAAACAUGGCACUGGUCACAACAGUGCCGGCGUGAUAGAUGCUGCAGUUCGCUCGGAUAACCCGGUCAUUCGGCAUAUGACACGACCUGAUGAACUUGCACGAAGCAGACAGAUCAUCGAGAUUGGCGCUCUAGCGGUUGCCAGUCACUUGACGCUGGAUCCUAGACUUGGGCUACAAAGUCCGACCACAAACCGCGCCCAAAUCCUCAAGAAGCUCGCCGAUAUCGAAGAACAUCUGGAAGACAAAGAAGCAAAUGAGGCUCUUUCCGCGUGUAAGACGAUCCGAGACGCUUUGUCGAAGAGGAUUGAAGCUGAGUUCGUCGAUACAGUAGACGAGGUGGCAGAAGAUUAUUUGGAGGCUCCCAGUAAACUUACAUACAGACCCAGCCACAUAACCUCAAACGUGUCAACACGGAUGACCCUACUACAAUUCAUCAUCCUACCUCUCAUCAUGAUAUUUCGGAUAGCACCUCUCGCUGCGAUUCUCGCGUUUGCGCGGUGCGGAGCUGCUGAAGUCGCACCGGAAAUUACGACAGUUGCGGAGGGCUACAACGUGAUUGCCAAGAUCCCAUGUGUUGGGUGCCCUUUCCUAUACCAAGACACAUCAAAAGGCAACGAUGCGCCAUGGGCUCAGAGAAAAGACGACAACGCUCUACUUCUGAACAUCUCCCUUCCCUACGACUCAGCGCAUCUAAGCAUCAACAAUGCCCCGCUUUUAGGAGACUCCAAGAUUCUACCGAAAGUGUACGUUAACCAAGUCUUGUUGGACAUAUCGAAAGAUGAUCUCGGCAAGCUCGUCGCAUCUGAUCAACUCGACAACCUUGGCGGCGCUUACUUUGGCGCUUCAUACGCCUACUCCCUGCGCCACGUCAAAGACUCCAAUGCAUUGGUGUUGCACUUCGAUAUCAUGCAAUUGUGGACUGAUCUGACUUCUCCGGAUCUCACAAUCGUUAUGGACAGGAAAGAGCAGAAAAUCCUGGAACUCGUCCUUCUGCAGCGUCCCCUGCUAUCCGCUGGUGACCCAGCAAGCGCAUACGAGAUUAUCCGCGCUACACUCAUCCCACGCUCACAGUCAAGCAUAAAAGGCAAGCGCAUACAAAAAACGGCAAUGUGGUUCCAUGAUUGGGACGACAAUGGCAAGAAGGGUACAGCGACUCAUGUUGUCAACUCGGCUUCUGCGUCCUUCGUAACAUGGCUUAGUUCCGGUAUCUGGUCUCUGUUCAUCUUCAUCCUCGCAGUCAUGGCAUUGUUCGUUGUCGUGUGCAUGUUUUGCAUAUUUGGGUGUGGAUGGCACAAAGAUGAGUAUGAAACAGCACAACACGGAAAGCGCAGCAGCGGGAAGGGUGCUUGGGGCGGAAACGACAUUGAGGCCGUGCGGAGGUUCAUGACGCCUGAAGAGCUGGGACUCCGAGGCAGUGGGAGGGUUGUGGGGGUUGGGAAAAGCGAUUGA